CUGCUCGCCCCAGCAACGCCAGCAUUACUAUACGCGCCGUCUCACUUUACAUUAGUCUCAAAGAAUGUAGCAGAGCAGCAGGAUUCAUCGUUUCGGGUGCAAUCCUAUCUCGAAGAAGUCACAAGGGCUUCGUAUGAAGUCGCGACUAGUCUCCUAUGCUCUUCCAUUUUGGCUGGGAGAACUAGUGAGAGUGACGAAUAUGGAGAUGUUGGUAUUUGGGUAGGUAAACUGCCUGACCGGGACCCUCAAGAGGUUCUCCGAAAUCUGGGCUUGGCCGAUUGGAUCGAAUCAAAGGGUGGUAAAAUUGUUCAAGCUAAAGCCUCUCCUUCGCCACUUCCUGCCUCUCUCACUUCCACUUCGGGACCCCUUUCACCUGUCGCCGAAACACCAAAGAUACAUAUGGAGUCUUUAUCUAAACUUUUGAAUAAUCUUGAAUCCACUCUAGAAUUCAGAGUCGAAGGACUAGGUGGUGGCAUAGUGCUCUAUUUCAUGGUCGGCCAACUCAGCGAACACAACGGCGGAUUUGAUAGAGAUGAUGGUUAUGCAGGCCUCCUUGGAGUUGGAGUGAUGACUGACAUGGAUGAUUAG